AUGUCCCUUUCUGCAUGCAAUGCCGUUGUGAACCCAUCCUUUGAAUCUGGUGUUCUAUACCCCUGGGUCCCUUCUGCUGUGAACGUAGCCAAAGUGAGCACUGGCACAAAUGCCUACGGUGGUGAAUACUACCUCAAUCUUCAAACUAGCGUCGGCGGCCGCACAAACUCCAUCUCCCAAACCCUCGAUCACCUGACUCCUCACGCCGAAUAUGAUUUCAACGUAGGAGUUCAGGCAGUAUCAACAGGCGCGUCCUAUUGCUCACUUUAUGUCUUCAUGGGCCACAAUUCAACGACUGGCGAGAUCAAAGACUCGAUUUUGUUCAAUUUUGGAGAAUGGACGUCUCUUAGUGGAACGUUUGUGCCGAAGAAGUCGACGCAGACUUUGACUCUUAUUGCUGGAUGUGACUUUGAGGAUUCCUCUCUUAUAGGCAGUGUUCUGCUUGACGAUGUUAGCUUUACUAAAGCUGGGCAGUGCGGAUCUGCUUAG